AGAAGAAGUCGACAAAGAAGAACAAGAAUAGACAAGCGAAGAAGAAGGCGUACGCUAUAUCGUAUCGCCUUUAGCUGAUCGAUAACAAUCCCAGUGUGUGUUGGCGUUCAGUAAAACAGCAGCCGUGCCCCGUCGCGCCCCCACCCCCAGCGGAGCCGUCAUGUGGCAGGAGGCCCGCAAACACGAGCGCAAGCUCCGUGGCAUGAUGGUAGACUACAAGCGCCGAGGCGAGCGUCGGCGAGAGUACUACGAGAAGAUAAAAAAAGAUCCAGCUCAGUUUCUUCAGGUUCACGGACGAGCCUACAAGAUCCACCUGGAUCCUGCCGUGGCUCUGGCUGCAGAGAGUCCCAUCAACAUGAUGCCAUGGCAAGGAGAUGCCAACAACAUGAUCGACAGGUUUGAUGUAAGGGCUCACCUGGACUACAUCCCCACCUACACCCCUCCACUGCUCAGCACAUCAACCCCAGAGCAGGAGAUGGAGGAGAGGAAGUGCAAUUAUGAGCGCUACAGAGGCCUUGUACAGAACGACUUUGCCAACAUCUCCGAGGAGCAGUGUUUAUACCAGAUCUACCUGGAUGAGCUGUACGGUGGCCUGCAGAAACCAAAUGAGGAAGAGAAGAAAAAGCUGGCUGAGAAAAAGGCCACUAUUGGUUACACCUAUGAAGACAGCACUGUGACAGAGCCCGAACCCCAGUCGGACAAAGAGGAUGAAGACAAUUCAGAGAACAGUGAAUCCGAAGAGGAUGAAGGCAUCCCAGAUAUUGAUGUGGAGGUUGAUGUCGACGAGCUGAACCAGGAACAGGUGUUGGAUCUCAACAAAAUGGCGACACCAUAUGGAAUGGCUGAAGGAGACUUUGUCAGGAUGUUGAGGAAGGACAAGGAGGAAGUGGAGGCCAUCAAACAUGCCAAGGCUCUGGAGGCAGAAAAGGCCAUGUACUCUGGCCGCCGUUCUCGCAGGCAAAGGAGAGAGUUCAGAGAGAAGAGACUAAAAGGAAGACAGAUCAGCCCACCCAGCUAUGCAAGGAGAGACAGCCCAACAUAUGAUCCCUAUAAACGACCAGAGUCAGAGUCCAGCUCUGAGUCGCGGUCACGGUCUCGGUCUCCAGGUCCAGAGAAGAUCACCUUCAUCACCAGCUUCGGAGGCAGCGAUGACGAAUCCGCAGCAGCAGCACAAGCCGCCGCCCCUCACUCUGGCCACGCCCCCUCCAACUUGCAGCACCCUGCAGGUCAUAGCAGGGGCUCCCGGAGACGAAGGUCCUCCUCCAGCCGUUCCCCUUCCUCUUCCUCCCGCUCCUCCUCUCGCUCCUCCUCUCGCUCCUCCUCCCGUUCGCACCGUGCCCGGCGAGGACGCGGGGGAAGGGAUGGGCGUCGUUCCCGGACCCGUUCGCGGUCGAGACGGCGCUCCAGAUCUCACUCCAGGGGCAGAGGAGGGAACGGAGGGGCCACAUCCUGGAGGAGACGUGAGCGGUCGCGGUCGAACGACAGAGACAGAGAGCGAGAGAGAGACAGAGACAGGGAUAGGCGACGAUACUCCGCACGAAGACGAACGAGAUCCCGUUCCAGCUCGCGGCAGGGGGGCAGUUCGAGGCGAGGGGGGCGGAGCAGUGGAGGACACCGGCGGGGAGACAGCGGCAGCCGCAGUCCCUCUCAGUCUCCCAGCCGGCUCAACCACAGUCCCUCGCCUGCUCACAGAGGAGCCCAGCCCUCAACCACCACCGUCUGUGACAAGCUAAGAAAGCCUGAUACUGCGGGUGGUAAAGAGACGGGAGCUGCCAAACCCAAGAUGACCCCUCAGGAGCGGCUGAAGAUCCGCAUGCAGAAGGCACUCAACAAGCAGUCCAAGGCGGAUAAGAAAGCCGCCCAGGUGAAGAUCCAGCAGCAGGAACACAAACGACAGGAGCGAGAGGGAGAACUACGAGCCAUGGCACGCAAGAUUCGCAUGAAGGAGCGCGAGCGCCGUGAGAAAGAGAGGGAUGAAUGGGAGAGACAGUACGGGCGGCAGAGCCACUCACCUUCUCCUUCCAAAUAUGGCCGAGAAUCCAGCUCAUACAGAAGGAGGUCACGGUCUCGAUCGCGGAGUCCAUACUACCGAUACUAAGCUGACGUGUGGAAAACAUCCUACAGCAUCCCGAUGCACACGCACAUACUUUCCAACAAUAAAGCUAAAAGUGAAAGAGACAGAUUGAGUGAAUGUCGGUUAAUAACCGACACAUGUAAACCUGAACACGUAUGUUCUCUGGUACUGUACAUUGAUUGUGAUACUUAAGUUUCACUAACUACGCAGCUGAUUGGUUCAGCCGAGCUAAGAAUGAGUUUUCAUUUUGGAUUCAUCUUGUAAAGAUACUACAGGUUAUUAAAUUGGUUUCUUCACUUCUGCAUGCUCCUUUUUUUUCCUUUUCUGCCUGAACUCAUCUUCUUAAUGUAGACUGAUAUUUCAAAGUGUAUGAAACUAAGCAAUACUUUUGACUUUUUCCUUACAUCUUCCUCGUUUCAUGAUGUUCUCAUCCACCGUUUUACUUUUCUCUAACAAGAAAUACUAAAAGACAGUUUUAAACUGGGAACUGAUGCACAGGAUAUUUCUACACAUCCUUUUGAAACCAGUAUAUGAAAGCUGGUGAAAUCAAAGUUUGUGCAUUAAUUAACACUUAAGACUGCUUUUUUUUUUUUUUUUUUUUAAAAAGGUCUCCCCUCAGCCAAUGAAUAAACCACAGCAAAUAACUUUUUUUUUUUUGUUCUCAAAAAUGUGGAAUGUUUAAGUCCAAAUAAAAGUGAUUUUGAAAUGA